UUUUGGUCGUCAUUAGGAUGGGGUCAGCUACACUUUAUAGUUUGUAUUUAUUUACAUAAGCCCUAUUCGGACGGGAUUAGUUUUACGUGGGGGUAAAGUAAUUAUUACCAGAGCUUCUCUGUGAUUUUAGUCCCGUCCGAAUGUGUCAUCUCGGUAAUCAUUACGGACAAUGUCAGUAAAGAUUACAGCGACUUUUACCUUCGGUAAAAAGGUCCGGAAAAAUGACCUCAGGUUAAAAACACAGGAGGAAGUAAAUGGCUGAAUCUUCAUCACAAACAGAAGGCAGAAGAAGGGGGAACAUGGAAGAACCAGAAUUAUUUUCUCAUGACUCCAGCAGUCUCCUGUCUAAAGAUCUUCUGCUGUGUUCGAUCUGUGUGGAUGUGUUCACUGAUCCAGUCACCACUCCAUGUGGACACAACUUCUGUAAGAGCUGCCUUACACAGUGCUGGGACAUGAAUCAACACUGUCGCUGUCCAUUAUGUAACCAGAAAUUCACCAAGAGACCUGAACUGAAGAUUAAUACAACCCUGAGAGAGAUUGCAGAUCACUUCAAGAAGAAAAGUGGUUCUGACAAACCUGAGGUUCUUUGUGAUGCCUGCAGUGGAGAGAAGCUGAAGGCUCUAAAAUCCUGUAUGGAUUGUGGACUGAGUUUCUGUAAAAUUCAUUUAGAGCCACAUUAUCAUGUUCCAAAACUUAAGAAACACAAACUAAUAAACCCUGUGGAGAACCUGAAGGACUACAUAUGCCAGAAACAUGAGAGAGUUCAGGACCGACUGAAGAAGAUAAAAGAGAUCAAACACUCAGUAGAACAAAGCAAAAGAAGCACAGAGAAAGAGAAAGCAGACAGUGUUGAAGUCUUCACUGCUCUGAUUCGCUCCAUUGAGAGAAGUCAGGCUGAGCUGCUGGAGAUGAUGGAGGAGAAGCAGAAAGCAGCAGAGAGGAAGGCUGAAGGACUCAUUAAAGAGCUGGAGCAGGAAAUCAGUGUGCUAAAGAGGAGAGACACUGAGCUGGAGCAGCUCUCACACACUGAGGAGCAUCUCCACCUCCUACAGAUUUACUCCUCCAUGUGCAGCCCUCCACACACCAAGAACUGGACUGAGAUCAGCAUUAACACUGGUGUGAGUGUGGACACUGUGACGACAGCUCUGUCUCAGCUUCAGCAGACUCUGAAUGAGAAACUCACUAAAUCAGUCAAUGACAAGUUAAGGGAAACAGUUUCCACAGAACUGAAGAGGAUUCAGCAGUAUGCAGUGGAUUUGACUCUGGAUCCUGAUACAGCUCAUCCUGAUCUCAUCCUGUCUGCUGAUGGAAAACAAGUGAGAGAUGGAGACAAAAGACAGAAUCGCCCUGAUACACCACAGAGGUUUAAUCAGUAUAUCUGUGUUCUGGGAAAGCAAAGUUUCUCCUCAGGGAGAUUUUAUUAUGAGGUGCAGGUCGGAGGGAAAACUGGAUGGACAUUAGGAGUCGCGAGAGAGAACAUUAACAGGAAGAGGGCAAUUACACUGAUACCUCAGAAUGGAUUCUGGACUGUGAUCCUGAGGAAUGGGAAUCAGUAUAAGGCUUGUGAAGAUCCCAGUGUCCCCCUCACACUGAGAGAGAAGGUGGAGGUUGUGGGGGUGUUUGUGGACUAUGAGGAGGGUCUGGUCUCCUUUUAUGAUGUGAAGUCCAGAUCUCAUAUUUACUCUUUCACUGGUCAGACUUUCACUGAGAAACUCUAUCCAUUCUUCUGUCCUUGUUUCAGUGAAGGAGGUAAAAAUACAGCACCACUGAUCAUCUCCUGUAUUUAACACUGAAUAAAUUUAAACCUCACAAAUUUGAUCAUCAGAUGCUAAGAGUAAAAAGAAUUAGUUUACUUUUUGGUUAGAUUUUAGAAACACAUAUAUCCUUUUAAA